AAAAGCAAAGUUGAAAGAAAAGGUUAAAUAACGUUUAGGUCAACUGUAAAUACAAUUUUCGUGUCAUGGUUACGGUAUUGUGUAAAUGAGUUCGAAGCGCAUGCAAGAAUUCUUCAGGGGAGGCAAUGAACCUUAGACAGCCUACGCAGUGAACACACGUGAAAAUUUUUUCGUUGCCAUAACGACCACGCAGUUGGGCCAAUAGACUUUUCCCAUUUUCCAACAAACAAUUGAAGCCUUCCUGCAGUUUCGAAAGGAAUUUGACAGAAAUAUUAGAUUUUUGACGUUCGCAACGUGCAUAAGAUAGCUGUGAUAUUUAAUUCAACGUUUUGGAGUUAUUUGUAAUUUUCUAGUGCUGAUAUUUGUUAAAGCAUGGCGUUCAACUUCGAUAGUGGUCAAUUCAACAGCGAAUCGACGCCGAAGCGGUUAGGCAACUGGCAGGUCCCAAGAUGGGCGCCAACAAGGGCGAGGCCUUUGGAAUACCGUCCCGAUCCCAAGCCAAUAUGCGACAUAAAUGGACACUUCCUACCAGGGGCUCCAAGAGGCUCGUCGCGAUGCUUCGGUCAUUACACCGGCACGUGGGAGCUCCCAAGGAAAAUUACAAGAAAAGUCGCCGAGGAGUUAGCGAAAGAGCCGCCAGACGGUAGAUUUCCAGACUGGUUGAAUCUCCGCGUUCAAAGGCCAAAGGCUGCGGCGGCAGCGCGCCUGCGCGCCGGCAAACGCGCCAAAGCUAAACAGGAGGAGGAAAAGGUUGAAUCGCAGGACGUGCAGACGUUUCAACCACACGAAUGCCCGUUUCACAAGCACAAAAAGAAAAGAAUCAUUCGAAUUAUUAAUUGAAGCACUUUGCAGUAGCG